UUAACCCAGGGCCACCAUACACCUGAAAAAGUUUUUUGUCAGCUCGGGAGGCUGUGGUGUCAAAGCGACCUGCGGAGUUGUUCUUUAGAAUGAGUCGGUUGAAGUCUGUAGAGGUCGACGUUUUUAGUAAACAAUGAAGCCUUUUCUAACAUAUGUGAUUUGUAGUGUGUCUGUCCUGCUCCUCAAACCCACAGCAGCGUACCCACGGUCUGGUCUUGAGCUGGGAGGCAGCAGAGCACGGCGGCACACCACCUGCAGAGAAGACCAGUACCAACACGGCGGCCUCUGCUGUUUGAAAUGUGAAGCUGGUAAAUAUGUGAAAUCCCCCUGCACCAAACCUGAAACGAAGGGGCAGUGUGAGGAAUGUGACUACAACACGUACAUCGAGCAUGAAAACAACCUGAACCGAUGCUUCACGUGUAAACAGUGUCGCUCAGAUCAGGAAAUUGUAAGGCCAUGCACUCACACUCAAGAUACUACAUGUCAGUGCAAAUCGGGGAGAUUUUGCCAUAUUGACCAAGCAUGUGAAGUGUGCAAGAAGUGUUCAAGGUGUGCAGAGGAUGAAGUGAUUGUGAGAAACUGCACAUCAACCACCAACACAGAGUGCAAGAAGAUCCAGAACAAAUCUGACUCUGCGCCAGUGAUUGCUGUGGUGGUUGUGUCGUUUAUCGUGCUUCUUGCUGGAAUAAUCGUUGUAUUUGUCUGCAAGAAGAAACUUCCAACAGACUGUCUGAGAAAUCGACCUGACAGGAUCAAAGUGGAAGAGGACAUCCAAACCGCUGAAGAUGAAGAAACUCAAAGGUCAAUCACCACAAAUCUGAUCCUGCCCCAGCAUCUGGUGAGAGCCAAAUCCUCCAGUGUUGCUGAGGAUAAGCGUAAAAUUCUCAGCGAAAGCCUCAGCAGCUCAGCUAGUAACUCCCAGCACAGUCUAACUGGCCUGCUCACACCUGCUUCCCAAGCCAGCCCCGUGGUCCCAGACCAGCACCACAGGAGGGAAGAUGAGCCACUUGCCAAGCUUGUUCCUGUGAAUGAUGACGAGUCUCUCAAGAGAUGCUUUGACCUCUUUGAAGAACUAGACGUGGACUAUCACAAGAGGUUUUUCCGUCAACUUGAAAUUAGUGACAACAUCAUCAAAAGCAAAGAGAGCCUUCCCUAUGAAGACAGGAUCCAUGAACUGUUAAAUUUUUGGGUGGAGAAAGAAGGCAAAGGGGCCAGCUUAAACGCCCUGCUGCAGGCUUUGAUUGUCCUGAACCAAAGGCGAACAGCUGAGAUAAUCCACCAGAAGGCUUUGGACAGCGGUCAUUACCAUUUGCCAAUGUAAAUGAUUUGGGAUUCAACCAAAAAAACAAGUGCAUGGUAAAGUUUGGAAACAUUGCAUGGCAUUAACUUGCACUGUGGUCUCUCAGUGCAAAAAGCCAGCCUGCUCAGGGCUUCUAUGAGUAACUUCUGAGUUGUCUUGUUCACUGGUGGCCUCAGCAGCUGGCAGCACUCCUGCCUUUGGUUUGAUUUGAGCAGGAAAUCUAUUCUAUCAAAAGGAGAACAAAGAUUAAUUCUCUGAUAAACAUUGUAUGGCUGGAGAUCCUUUGUUUCUUUCUCAACCAGUAUCGGUCAGAGUAGGACCCGAACAAACUCAGUGUACGUCAUACUGAAGCUGCUGCUGUUUGAGUCAGUGCACCUUGCUGGAUUGUAGUACUGUGCUCAAAAGCAGGCUCUUGUUGAGUUCAAUCUGCCUAGAUCGCAUGCUUUCUUCACCUUACACUCCAGAGUGUCCAGAUUCAGUUUUCUCAUCUGAGCCAUGAGUUUCUGUCAGCUCCACGGAGUGUUAUGUAGUAUUUCAUUUGUAUUAACAAAGACUGUUUGUUUUUUUUCUCUCAGGGAAAAUUGCUUUUUCGAACAUAUUUAUUGCAAUGUAACCCUGACCUGAAAAAUUGCUGUCUUUUAUUUUUGCUGAUCUGUGAGCAGCAGCUCAUAUCAAAAUCCGACUGUCAAGGGAUCAGUCGAGUUAAAGAAUAUAUGUUAAGUUAUUAUAGUAGAGCAUUUUAUAAUUGUAUUUAAGGAUCUCUGUUGCCAUGUUGUUGUUGAUUCAGUGUUGUUGUGAUCAUGGGUAAGUCUGUUUAAAGCACCAUAUCUUUUUCUUUUUUCUUCUCCUCUCAUUUCUGUUGUGCUUCUGGUUUAUUGUUACAUCUCCUAUAACCUUGAUCACAACAGCAACAUCUUGGAGGUUUACAAAACCAUAUUUUCUAUGGAGGUCUGCUUAUGUGCUUCACUGUACGUAUCUCACUGUAUCUGUGUGUUAAACCCUGAAAGUAAAUUGAGAAUGAAUUGUAUGAAAGGGGAGUUGUGUACUUUUCUGCCUUUUCUAGAUGUAAUUCACACCGUUACUUUAUACUUCCAUGCUUUGCUUGCUGUUUUUGUAGCAUGUUUGCAGCUGUAAGAAUUAAACUUUCACACAUUUUUAUGAAA